GCCCUCCGCAGAAGGGCAGAGCUGGCGAGUCCUCCGCGCGCGGCUGCCGCGGCCCCUGCACAUCGCCUCUGACAGCGCCGGCGGUGGGAUCGAAGACCUUUGGAGCUCCGUGCAGCCCCGCGGCCUCCUCUGCACCCCGGGAGCGGUGGUGGUGUGUCCCUCGCCUCGGCACCCGCAUCUCGGGACCGUCCGGCCCGCCACUGCUGCGGAGGCCGCAUCUGGCACGCAUCUGGAACCUCCGGCCGGCCGCACUGGAGCCCGCGCCCGCCCUGGCCCGGCCGCGCCGGGAGCCCUGCCCGGAGCUGGAGCCGCACCUGGAGCCGCGGGCCCGGGGCCCUGAGCCGCGCAGCCGGCGCAUGGUGAACUCGCUGCUCUUCGGGGAGAUGGCCUUGGCCUUCGGCUGCCCGCCCGGAGGCGGCGGCAGCGGCGGCGGAUGCCCAGGAGGCGGCGGCGGCGGCGGCGGGGCUGGGCCAGGGCCAUCGCCGGUGACCGCGGCGCUGCGGGACGACCUGGGCUCCAACAUCCACCUCCUGAAGGGGCUCAACGUGCGCUUCCGCUGCUUCCUGGCCAAGGUGCACGAGCUGGAGCGGCGCAACCGGCUGCUGGAGAAGCAGCUGGAGCAGCAGCAGAGCGAGCGCGACCGGCGACUGCGCUACAAGACCUUCUCCCGCGAGCAGGCCGUACAGACCGGCCCCGAGCUGCUGCGGCCCCCGGCGCCCGGCCCCAACGCCAACGCCAACGCCAACGCCAACGCCGCGGCCCUGGGCGGCCUGCCCCCCGGCGGCGGCUCGCAUCCGCAGCAUUACGGUCGCCUGCCCGGCACCAUCUGGAGCUACACGCAGGUUCGGCGCACGGGCGGCGGCGGCGUGGAGACCGUGCAGGGCCCCGGCGUGUCGUGGGUGCACCCUGACGGCGUGGGCGUGCAGAUCGACACCAUCACGCCCGAGAUCCGCGCGCUAUACAACGUGCUGGCCAAGGUGAAGCGCGAGCGCGACGAGUACAAGCGGAGAUGGGAGGAGGAGCUCACCAAGCGCAUGGACCUCCAGACCAUGGUGGACACUCUACAGGAGGCAGCGCAGGAAGCCGAGGCCAUCCAGGAGGAGAUGAACGAGAAGAUAGAGCGGCUCAAGGCUGAGCUGGUGGUGUUCAAGGGGCUCAUGAGUGACCCCAUGACAGACCUGGACACAAAGAUCCAAGAAAAGGCCAUGAAGGUGGACAUGGACAUCUGCCGCCGAAUCGAUAUCACGGCCAAGCUGUGCGAUGUCGCACAGCAGCGGAACUCGGAAGACGUGUCCAAGAUCUUCCAGGUGGUCCCCAAAAAGAAGGAGCGUAAAGUGGCUUCAGACGAUGACAUCUCGGAGCAGGACGGAGAGGUGAAUCGGUUCUCGGAUGACGAGGUUGGCUCCAUGAACAUCACAGAUGAGAUGAAGCGCAUGUUUAACCAGCUGCGGGAGACCUUUGAUUUUGAUGACGACUGUGACAGCCUGACGUGGGAGGAGAACGAAGACACUCUGCUGCUCUGGGAAGAUUUCACCAACUGCAACCCGACCCUCGACCUGCAGGGCGAGCAGGAGGAAAACCUGGGCAACCUGAUCCAUGAGACCGAAUCCUUCUUCAAGACGAGAGACAAGGAAUACCAGGAGACGAUAGGCCAGAUCGAGCUGGAGCUGGCCACGGCCAAGAGCGACAUGAACCGGCACCUGCACGAGUACAUGGAGAUGUGCAGCAUGAAGCGGGGCCUGGACGUGCAGAUGGAGACCUGCCGCCGGCUCAUCAAAGGCUCCGCAGACAGGAAUUCACCAUCACCGAGCUCUGUGGCCAGCAGCGACUCAGGAAGUACGGACGAGAUCCAGGAUGAGCUGGAGCGAGAAGCAGACGUAGAGCCCAUGGUCAGCUGAUGACGGAGGCCCCGCGCGCCUGGUGGUCUUGGUGAUGGGCCCUGGCCCGCUCUCUCCACUGGGCCGGGAAGGGCCCUCAAAGUGGGCGCCAGUCCUCGCUCAUACACUUCCUCUGCCCUUCUCCGGAGGCCCUGAGGGACUGCUGCUUCCUUCCUUCUUUCCGUCCACUUCGCCCCACCACUGACCAGUGCCCCUCCUCCAUCCGCCCACCUACCCACCCAAGGAAUGGUGCUGUCAAUUUCUAUUGUUCUCCACGUUACAAGUGCAGACUUCUGUCCAGGACGAUGCAGUGUUAACUGUGCCUUCUCCCUUAAGCUGAGCCACUUUGCGCUCCAAAGAAUUAUUCCUAGCAGGUGUUUUUAUACGUAAAGCAAAGGAGGGGCCCGGGUGUGGCAUCAAGCGGAUUUUUCUACCCUCCCACCUGCUCCUGAUUGGCAUGAGCUUUGCCCUCCCUUCUGCGGGGCCCAGGCGCUGGCGCUGGCUGACUUGGGGUGAUCUGCCGUCCCCUGGAGGGAGCCAGUGAUUACCUCCAGGCCUUGGUGGGGACCUCUCUGGAAGAGGGAAAAGUGGACAGAAGGGAGGGAAGACCAAUUUUUAUUUCCUUUUUCGGAUUUAGUGGCGCAGUGGAGGGACAAGGCACUGUGGGGGACUAGGUGGAGCCUCACUGUGUUUAAAUUACUAUGCAAAAAAACAAAAACAAAAACAAAAACAAAAAGCAGCUUGCCUUAUAUCCUUGUGGAAGGCAGGCCCCUCCCAGACUCCUGGUUUGCCCUGGGGCUGGGAGGCUGGGGUUCCGGGGAUCGCCCUCCUGCAGCCUCCCAGGGUGAGCGCUGGUUGGGGAGGGGGUCCCCGUCAAGGUCGUGGGGCCCAGCCCACCUUACUGCUUGCUUUCUUUGGGACCUCUGUCGGGUUGGGGUGGGGUGGGGGUCUUUUAUCGUCCUGAUGACUUGAUGUUCUCCCCUCUGUCUCCGGCCAGUACUAAGGAGUUUUCGAGCUGUAAUUUCUCUGUGAGAAAGUCCCAAGAGGCCAGGCCUGGUUCCCCUCAGUCCGUGGCAGAGCACAGGGAAGCACCAUCCCGUUGCUAUGGUGGUUCUCCUCUGUCCCACGGUCACCUGCUGGUACUGACAGCAAAGAGAGACUGGCAAGGGGCGGGGAGGGAGGUGUUGGUGGCCGCUGGUGGCUUGGAGAUGGCUUGCAUAGCAGCUGAUAGAGGACACCUUUAUUCCCCUGGGGGUGCACACAAGCCUCUUUCUCUAAUUCUUUUGACCGCUUGGGGGGUUCAUCUGAGCCAUUAUCUCCCCUGUGUUUAAGAAAGGUCUUGUGUUGAGAACAUUUUCUUCCUCUUGCCGCCCUUUUUGGGCCCAGUACAGUGGGGUGAUUACCCAUUUGGGGUUUUGUUGGCUGAAGAGCUCCCUCUAGAGGUCAAAAGAGCAAAAUGUGUUUGAGGACCAGAACUCAGUACCUGCCAGUGCCGAGGCCCCAAGGGUGCUGGGCUGGAGGGGUGGCCGGUGACCACCAUGCGCAGGGCGCCGUUGAUCUGUUAGGGCCUUCUCUCUCUUCCUCGCUCUGUGUAUCACACCUUAAAGCCGUUGUACAUAAUGUAUGUGUAUAUAGAGAGAAUGGGAAUGUUAGUGACCGUUUGAUGUAAUUUAUCAGAACUCCGUGGCCUUCCUCAUGAGUUUCCCCCUUGUUUUGUUUUGUACUGUUGGGAAGAAUAUCCCACUGGUCCCUGUGCACUCUGGCUUUGAGACUUCUGUCUUCAUCCCUAGCCCUUUAAAUUUUUAUUUUUUUUUUUUUAUUUUGAGACAACGUUCUUACUAAGUAAGUUGUCUGGGCUGGGCUUGAACUUGCGAUCUUCCUGCCUCAGCCUCCCAGAGUGCUGGAAUUCAGGUGUGCGCACCGCCACGCCUGGCCAUCCUCCUCAUCUCUUGUUACCUAAACUGUCCCUUUUGGCAGGUACUUGAAGGGACAGUGGUUUUGGAAGAGAGACAGCCCUUUCCCUCUUCCUCACCAACCAUUGUUCUAAAGGUUACAGGGUUCAAACAUACCUGAUUAUUAUUGUUGAUGUUGUUAUUGUUGUCUUAUUUUUAUUUGAACCAAAGGUUAUCAGAGCCAACUGGGCUUGGACCUCAGCUGCUGUAAAGAUUUUCCGUUUCCACAAGGGCAGAAGAGUCUGCCCUGUGGUCUCACUGCCCAGGGCUGAGAAAGGCAUCGGGGGUGGUUUGGAAGUUUGGUGGGCAGAGUGGAUGCCAGUUCUGGGUUCCGCAAGGUGGCGGGAAGGUGACAGACAUAUCUUUAGGGUUAAGACAGUAGGCGAUGGGUUUAGCAUUUGGGGGUAACAGAGGUUACCACGGCGAUGGGUGCCCUGUGGUGUUUUGUUUUCUCCUUGGACACAUAGGUCAUUUGUCUUUAAGGUGCUCUGAAUUUAUCUAGGAAGCAUGAGAACAGCAGGUGACACUGGCCUAGGAGUCCCUUCCUGAUGGCUCUGCAUAGCUGCUUCCCCCUGGGGAGCGAGGCUUGGGGGCAGGGGACAGGGGAGGACAGGCAGGGUGUGGAGAGCCUGCCUCCAGGGCUGGUUCUCGGGUCCAGGCCUCGCUACCUCCCACGCCACUAAAUUCAUUUUUAAGUUAGUCGCCAGUGGGCCUGCUUGUCUCCUCACCUCGAGCCCACAGCUUGCCAAGAAAGACCCCACUGCUUGCUGGGGCAGCGUCAGGCCCCAGUUGGGAUGAACUGGUCGGUCCUUUGUAAAGCUGUAAAUACUUAAUUUUUUGUUUAGUUUUUCUAUUUCUAAGCCCGGUGUCAUACUGACAUUGGUAUUUUAGGGUUGUCCUCAGAUGGGUUCUCCGUGCUGCCCUCUCUCACUCUCCUAGUUGUGGGGGUUUUAUACACACUGAGGACUGGGGAGCAGCAGGGAAGAUAGCAUCCUUGGGCUCCCUGGUUGGCUGUGAAACACACAUAUAGACGCACGCACACACGCACACAUGCGCACUCUUCUGAGAUAGAACAGGGAUAAAUAUUAUUGGCAAGCAAACACCAUUUGCUUUCUCGUGGCGAUGUGUCUUGAGGGCUCUGGAGGACCCAUCCAUCACCGACUUAGCUCUGGGGCAGAGCUCAGAUGACCUAUGGAGAGUCUACCCACUUCUGCUUGGGGUAGGGAGAGGCAGGGUAGGUUAGGGGAUCCCCUAUGGUGUAACUUAAGCUAAAUGUAAUCUAUUUAUAAAGCAAGAGACUCUUAUCUAUUUUUAUGAAAGGGAAGGGUUUUUAAAUCUCAGGUAGGCAGUUGUGGUAGUCAGCAUUUUUCUGUGGGCAAGAUAUCGUGCAUGUUGCUGCUGGGUUUAAUAUACCUGGUACCCCUCACCCUGUCUUGCCUUCCCGUCCGCACUCUGAUCAUUCACACCUGUGUGUGGCUUCAGCCGAGGAUAGGUCUCCCUUCACCCAUUUUCUUCUUCUGUGACCCCUCAGCUCCUUGGAGGUCUUGUAAGGGGACACUUUUGGGGACAGGAGGGCUGCAAGAAACUCAGAAUUCGGAUGGGAGGAGUCCUAGGGAGGGGCAAGCUCUCCCCAGUACCCUCUGUGGGUAGGCUCUGUCUGAUUCCUCACCCAGCUCUGCUCUGCCAAGGCCCGUUUGUAACUCAGCUGUGUUGGGAGAGGGCUGAGAAUCAGCAGAGUGUGGCUGGCUGUCCGGCUGUGGGUUUGGGGAGCACACUAUCUCCUUUGGGCCUGGGCUUUAGGGGGUCCCAGGGUGUCAGGCAGCUGGCGUGGGAGGGGCAGUAAGGUGCCCAGAGCCCACUCCUGGCUGUGUCUGCUCCAGGUGGAGAACUGGGCUGCAGUCCUGUGCUCCUGGAUGACAGACCAGAGUGCCCGGGGUUUUCCCAGUCCUCUUCUUGGGACACUGAGUUUGGAUCUAGAAAGGCACUAUCCUAGAGGUGAGAAUCUGGGGGUGCCUGAGGGAUAUGAGAAAGUCAGACUCUGGAGGGAAUUUUCCACGAGUAGAAGAUUUCCAGUCUUGGGAUGGCCUUUCUGUUUAAGGUGAAUCCUUCACCAUUGUCUGUCCCUCCCAAGCUCUCCAGGAAAUGAGGUGCAGCCCCCUAACCCCCGUGGACAUUUUAGCAUCUACCUGAAUUUCAGUCCUGCCCCACCCCCCGUUGCUGUUUGUCUGCAGCUGGAUCUAACAUCACUGGGAGGGGGGUUUGUACUCACAGAAAGACUACUGAUCCUACCAGAAAACUAACCUGUUUACUGUACUGUUGUAAAUAUUGUGCCCUUUAUAUCCUGUAUAUUGGCUUCUUUUAAAUAAAGUGAAAUGUCUUAGAA